GGCAUUUUGUGUGUAUUACUCUGGAUUUCCUGCAUCUGCAGAACAUCUUCUGCUGAGGAUUGGUGUAGGUUCGCGUCUCAAACAACUAACGUGUAAAGUUAACAGGGGUUUUGACUAUGAUGUGUCCAGCUUACUGUUAUUUCUUGUGCUUCAUUUGAUCAGGUUUCCCAAACGUUUUCAGCCUUUCUGAAACAAAGCCUGCGAAGUUAGGAAUAUUCUGAUCAGUCGGCGCCUCUGACUCUUCCGAUUGGUCGAGAUCGGAAGUGCGCCGAUCCCUCCACACUGAUUGGUCAGAGUGAGGGUUCGGGGCCCACCUUUCCCGCUACCUGAUUGUGGUCAUAUAAAUUUGCUAGGAUGUCUUCGUGUCUCUACGAUUGUCUGUGUGAAGCAAGACUGGAGCAGUAUUACACACAUUUUACUGCAAUGGGUUUUUUGAAGUCUCAGGAGCUGGUUAAACUGACCAUAAAUGAUUAUUCUUCGCUGGGGAUUCGCAAUAUGCAUGAUCAAAAGCGUUUGUUCCAGCUUAUACAAAUCAUUAAAGCUGUAGAGGAAGAGGAGCGUGAUCAUAUUGCAAAUAUGGAACAUACUCAAGCAAACUCAGAUAACUUAAAUGUGGAGAAAGUUAAGCCUGGUCCACGACGACAUUUGGACUUUGAUUCCUUGUCGAGUGUCAAUGGUGUCCCAAUCUCCAGUGGUUAUCCAAAGUUAUCCUCCUGUGUAAAUCAGCAAAUAGAUACACCUUCUGGGUUGUUGAAAUCUCUUUCACCAAUUGACCAAUUAUCUACCAGAUUUUGUCUCAAGGAUACACAGUCACUUCCUGGGAGAGAAACUGGACAUCCAACAAUACUUUUGCCAAACCACACAGGGGAUUGUAGCACUGAUGAGAUACAAAGCACACGAAUGAUUUUACACGUUUCUGGAUAUAAUUAUGGACUGCCACAUGCUGCCAUAAGGAAUACCAACCAUGUGAAAGAACAGACUUGGACUGAGCUGGAAAAAAUCCACGUGUGUGUAAGAAAGCGACCUCUUAGAGUACGAGAAAUACGACGUGGUGAAAUUGAUAUUGCAAAAGUUGAAGGAGAAAAAUCUAUUCUUGUUUGUGAAAAAAAGGAAGCAGUUGAUUUGACACAUUAUCUCCAACAACAUGUUUUUUAUUUUGAUGAAGUAUUUGAGGAGACUUGUACCAAUCAUGAUGUCUACUUGAAGACUGCUUAUCCACUCAUCCAGCAUAUUUUCAAUGGUGGAAAGGCAACUUGUUUUGCAUAUGGGCAGACCGGAGCUGGAAAAACUCAUACAAUGAUUGGAACUUAUCGAAAUCCAGGGUUGUAUGCACUUGCUGCUGAGGACAUCUUCAUACAUCUUCAGACAUCAGAACCAUGCAGAGCACUUUUCAUCUGGAUAAGCUUCUAUGAGAUAUAUUGUGGCCAACUUUAUGAUCUGCUUAAUGGUCGAAAAAGGCUGUUUGCCAGAGAAGAUGGCAACCACGUAGUUCAAAUUGUGGGGCUACGUGAAAUUUGUGUUGGAGGAGUUAAAUCUUUAUUAGAGGUGAUUUCUUGGGGCAGUAAAGCAAGGAGUACAGGUGCCUCAGGGAUAAAUACAGAUUCCUCACGUUCACAUGCUGUUAUUCAAAUCCAGCUUAAGGAUCCAGCUGAAACAGUUGUUGGAAGAAUUUCCUUCAUUGAUCUUGCUGGUAGCGAGCGGGCCGCUGAUGCCAGAGAUUCCGACAAGCAUGCUAAAUUAGAAGGAGCAGAAAUAAAUCAGAGUCUUUUGGCUCUUAAAGAAUGUAUUCGUGCUUUGGACCAGGAACAUGCUCAUACACCCUUCAGACAAAGCAGGCUUACGCUGGUAUUGAAAGACUCUUUUAUUGGGAAUUCUAAGACUUGUAUGAUUGCUAAUAUUUCACCUAGCCACACGGCCACAGACCACACACUGAACACCUUGCGCUAUGCAGACCGGGUAAAAGAAAUAAAGAGAGGCUCCAAAACAUCCAGCGUAAACCUUUCAAGAUGUCAAGGAGGUAGAAGCCCAUCUCCAAAACAAACCAAAGCAUAUGGGGACAAAUCCGUACCAAAGGAAGUAAAGCCAAGAAUAGAACAAUCCCAAUAUUCAGAUAAAAAUGCAACCCAGCCUAAAUUCUCACCAGUAGUGUUGCGUCCACAUAAUGGUCUUCCCUGUUCCACACCAAGAAUGUCGAAUAAAAAUGUCUUUUCUCCAACUACCUCAAAAUUUGUGUGGCAAAAUCAUUCUACUCCUCUUAAAGGGGUGUUUAAGAAAAAUUGCUCAGAUGCCAGCAAGAACACGACAGAUGAAAGGCUAACUGGGAAGGGCAUUAUUACAAAAGAGGCAUUUCUGAAUAAAUCUAGAACACCCAGAAGAAUGCAUCGUGGACAAAUAAAUAAAAAUGUGAAGGUUCAAGCAGUUCAUCCCAUUCAAAAAGAAGUAAUUCCAAGAGAUGGAUUUCACUUUACUAGACAGAUAAAAAAUUACUCUCCCAAUAAAGAAAAUAGUAAUAAAAAUUUUGAAAGUGAAUAUCAAAAGAGUCCCAAGUCACCAGAGAAUGAACUUUUUCUCCAAAAGGAAAGGGAAAAGCACUUGCGUCUUUAUCACCAGCAGCUUCAACAACUUCAGCAGCCACCAUUAUUGCAGAAGAAGCUAACUUAUCAACCUUUGAAGGAGCUUCUCAGGCAAUUUUAUCAACAUAAGAUUGAAAUGAGCGAUGAAAGAAAUGAUCACACUUCCUCACUGGAACCUGCAGUCCAAAAGUCAGAUGUUCAGACCGAAUACAGUUAUCGCUGUGAUCCAUGUUCUGUCUGCCAAAGCAUGGAUGACACACAGAAUCAAACCUGUAAUCACAAUUCCCUGUAUGAAAUAGAAAGAGCGAAUGGAGGAAACAAUGUGCAAGUUUUUCACUGUUUUCAAGAUCAAAGCUGUAACCCAAGGAUAGAUGGCAGUUUCUGUAGCUCACUGUGGAGUACAGAAGAAUGUGCAAGUCACUGUUCUUCAGGAGAUCAUGGCACAGAAAUGUUGUGCUCUCAGAAUAAUAGUGAUCAUGCUCAAAUGAAGCCAAGGUACUUAUCAUUUGAUUCAAAAAACAGUUUGCAGAAUUAUUCAGCUGAUUGUCAAGAUAACUGUGCUAUUUCAAAGAUCUCACAAAUGGACAAUAGUUUCCCUAUUGCUACAGAUUUGAAAAGUGUGAAAAUUGGAAGCAACAUUUUGUUUAAAUCUAACAGUAAUAUGGAUCUCCAUUUGAAUUCUGUAACAGAAGUAGCAAAAGAUGAGCAGGUAUGUAAAAUCUCCAGUAAUAUGUUUCGAUCCACUAACUGUAUUUCUGAAGAUUUGAUGAAUGUUUCUGAUGCUCGUCUUUCCAUGGAGAGGCCACUAUCUCAAAAUACACUUCUUACUGACCAAAGAAUGACAAUCUCAUGUAACCAGUACUUUGCUGAAAUGGAGGAUUUCCCAACUGAUUCUGAUAAAAUUCAGAAAUUUUCAUCUGAUGAUCUUUUUGUCAGUACAAAAAGUGCUAGUCACGAUCAGUGCCUUAUUUUGAAUGAUGGAACUGAAAAGCAAACAGUUGCAAAAGAUGAAAAUGACCACUGUUCAAAUAUUAACCGUGUAGAGCCUACUUAUAAAGAUGUCAACAUUUUAACUACCGAUUUGCCAACUAAAGAUUGUACAGGUUUUCUGAAUCCACCAAAGCAUGGUCUGAAGCAGGACGAACCACUGAGUGGAAGUCUACCCUCUAAAGCCAUCAGCCAGACAAGUGAAUGUCAUAAUUACAAACAAGAAAUUAAACGUUUGAAAAGUGAACCUUAUGAUUCAGGUACUGAAGAAACUGUAAUUAAUUCUUCAAUUUUACACUUGCAUAAUGGUGUAAUGUCCAUUAUUGAAGCUGAGGCUUCAGAUACUGGAAACCAGAGCUCUACAGAUAUGCUUCUUAAUCAAGUGAGUAGGCAGAAAGGCAUUUCUAAUUGUGGAAUCGCUUCUAGCAAAAUAACAGAACCAAUUAACAUCUCCGAAAUUAGAGAAUCACAAGAAAAAACAGAGGUUUUGGUGGCUAGAAGCUGUACUGAAGGGAUGCUUGAUAACUGCCGUAAUGAAGAUGGGUUUCAGCCUUGUUGCAAGUCCAUUGAUAAGGACUUAAUUAAAGAAAAGUUACUGCACAAUAUAUUAAACCAUCUUUAUGAAGAAGACAAUUCAAUUCCCAUUGAAGUGUUUGUCAACCACAGUGAAAACAAUAACAAAGCAUGUGGACUUGUGACAGAUGGUAACCAAUCUAAGCAUUUAAUUGCCCAGCACCUAGAGACAAUGAAAAAAUCAAAGAAACUUGUUGUCCAAUCGCACUGUAAACAGCUAGAAGAAACGUUAGCUCUUUUUGAAAAAGAAGAAUAUCUGCUCAACAAACUAACGAUAUUGGACUUCAGUGAUUAUGUAACACAACUAGAAGAGAUCCUGAUGCUAAAAGCUAAAAGCAUCCAGCAUCUGCAAGGCGAGAUCCAUAAGUAUCAUAAUCCUCCCAGGACAAAGCAAUAAUUUAAUGAUCCUGAAUCUUAGCUUUAGUGUAAAUUGUAGUGGUAAAGCAAGAGACUAUCCGUGCAUAUAUCUGACCUUUCUAUAAGUUUCGGAGCAAUUAUUAUUUAAAUACAAGAUACAAAAAUAAAUCUUUAUAUUUCUUAAUUCUGAAAUCUAAUUUUGAACUUUCUGUGUGGGUACAGUCCAAUAUAAUUUGAAGAUUACAGUUUCCCCUCUCAACUCUGUUCAUGGUUGCUUCUGUCUGGAUCCUAUGCAAGUGUUCAUUAUUUAUGUGUUCACCAGGUAAUGAUUACAGAGGAAAAAUACAUGCUACACAUCAGGGUCAUAAUGCUUAACAGGCUUGACUCGUAUGUUCAACCAUUAUUGUACAGUCAUAAACUGGUGAAUUACGCGCAAAAGAGGGAGCUGUUCUGCCAUUGAGAUAGAGGAUGAAAACUCAGAAAGGGUGUACCAUGUCAGAAAUUCACACAAUCAGACCAAACAGUCUCAACGCCAAUUCAGGUUGGAUACAGAAAAGAUAAGUCCUUAAAAAGGGGUUGAUUCCAGUGUUAAGAGUAUUAGGUAAAUGAGUUAUAGAUUGCACAUUUGGAAAGAAAACAAAAUAUUAAGAUUAUAUUAUAGUGGUAGAUUAAUUAACAAUAUGCAACAUUAAAUAUGCAUUUUUAAAUAAACUGAGAAUAAGACUUAGAUUUGGAAUUAAUUUCUUGAAAUUUUGCUUCAGUAAAAACAUGAAAAAAAACCCAGAUGAAGUGGUGAAACCAAACACUGGGAACAGUAAAUAAUGGAAUUGUUGAGUGGUGAAAUAGUCUUGCUCAUCAUUACCUAUCUGAAGAAAACUGGAAUUGAGUCAGUAGUUGAUCUUUGAUUUAGGUGGGUUAACAUGCACUCCAUACCACUUAGUGAGGACAUUGCAUUGAUUGAUUGGGAGGUGCACAACUUCGUAAUUCAGUCAAAGAUCCUUCCUCUCACUUGUAGUGUGUACUCCUGCAGACACACUACAAUAUAAGGCAAAUUAAUAUUUUCUCCUACAAUUAGAAAUGUUUUAAUAAGUCGUAAAUAUCGUAAUAUUGUUAAGUUAAAUAAAUGUCUUUUUUUUGUCAAUCAGUCAUUAGCUAGACCGUGCAGUGACAAGUUUAAAUGUAUCAGUAUAAUGGACUGUAUGCAGGCACACUCCAUUUUAAGGAGAUGUAAGCUUGCAUUUAUUUUGCAGUGAUUGAGGAUUACUGAACAUUAGAAAGUGAUUCUACUAAUUUUAGAAACAUGGCACCCGAGCAAUAAAUAUCACUUCUUCACCAAAGUCCUCAUUGACCUUUGUCUGGGAAAAAAGAAUGUCAAAUUGUGUUUCUUGACUAUUCACUGAAUAAUCCAAACUAAUCAAAGGCAUUAUUUCACUUUUCAACUUCCCUUGUUUUCACUUUAUUAUAUAUGUUAAUAUACUGUUGAAACAAUGCUAAUAUUGCAAUCCUUGAAUGUCAGAGCAAAAUUAAAGCUUUGUGUCUAUCUCUGUGGCAAAACACACUAAUACAGACAAUUGUUUUAAAAGAACUUUGACAUAAAUUACCGCAAUCUGAUAUUCCUUAUUAGAGUUCCAUCAGGGAAAUGCAAAAUUUCCAACACCUGCACUUAGAAAUUACCCCCCCCCCACCCGAUAAGCAAGAAUCAUUAGCAGGUAAUAACUGAUUAAACCAAGUCUUGCUAUUUCAAAAAUGCAAUAUUUCAUUAAAUUAUAUAUGGGCACACAUGACAAGCAGUGAAAGAAAAACCAUUUACUGUAUUGAACCUAUGCACUUCCUUUGAAUUUUGUUCACCUCCAUUUGUGUAAUUUCCUUGUAUUUGCAGUUUAUUUUGCAGUUUGAAGUUUGUAAUGGAUAUUUUAAUGAAAAUGUUGAUUAAUUAAUUGUAUUUUAAAUAAACUGAAAAGUGAACAUUUUUGCAAGUUUGCCUUCUUAAAAUUGACUGCAGAUUAGUAAUUACAAUUCAGUGUCACUUCCAAAACUUAAAAAUAUCAUGUUUAGCAUUUCAAAAUGUGUUGAGUACUAAGUAAUUUAAAGGCAUUCUAACUAUAGAGCAUUAAUAAAUGUAUCUAUGCAGAAGCAGAACUUACUAUAUCACUGAUCAAAGUUGCUGGUGAACGCAG